AUGCCCUACCCAGACACCAGCAGAGACCUAAGCUACCUCACUAGCCUCCCAGGAGCCUCAGAGAGGCUUCAAAAUUUUGCCGCGGAUCUGGACCGGCCGGAGAGUUUCCGAGCAGCUAUAGAAGGGUGCAGAGGAUUCUUCCAUGUUGCUUAUCCCACAGAUUUUCAAGACAAAGAGACAGAAGCAGUGACGACCAGAAGGGCCAUCACUGGGACACUCGGGGUCCUAAGGGCAUGCCUUGAUUCAAAGACAGUGAAAAGGUUUGUUUACACUUCAAGCUCUUGCACUGUUGUGUACAACCAGAAGGGCAUAGCUGUAGUAAUGGAUAAGACUGAUUGGAUUGACAUAGAUUAUGUUAGAGCUAGAGAGUUUUUCAGAAGUCUUACGUGA